AUGACCACAGAGCUGCUCCAGCUGUCCAUGCUGGCCGGCAAAUUUGCAGAGUUUGACUUGACCGGCAAGAAGAUGUUUGUGGAGAAGAUGGGCGAGGCGAGCGAGAGCUGCAAGAUUUUUAUGAAGCGUCUCGAGCUGUCCGACGACCCCGCGGCGCGGGAGUACCUGCGGGCCACAAACGCGAAGAUGCUGGAGGGCGGCCUCAGUCUGCAGGCGAUGAUACAGCAGUGA